AUGUCAGACUUGCGCCGCCAGUUAUUUGCUGAGUCCCCCAAGACAUCGAAGCCACUGUCACGCUCGCAAUCGCGCUCGCGCGUAAAGACGCCGGCGUUGGUUGACGCCGAUGACACCGAAGGCGAAUUGAACACGCAAAUGCUCGACGAAUUGCUCUUGGCGCGCGUGAAUUCGUUCCAGGCGCAGUUUGAAGCUGACGAGACCAAGAACACCGAACGGAUCAAGACGUCGUCCGUCAGCGAGAUCAUCACGUCGCUCCAGUUGCCGUUGAAGACGGUAAGCGUGGAGUCACGUCAGCUACUUCUCGCACAGUUGUACAAGUUGACAGUAUUCCAGCCGGGCAAUCCGCACGGUGAAAUUAAUGACGUAAACUUGGAGCUGUUGGUGCGCCAGUUUGUGACUUUGUCUCCAUCUAACGUUGAAGAGACAUUACUCAUAACCCGUGCCAUUUCCAGCUUUGCUGCCAGCGAUAUCGAUGAGUGCGCCACAGGAAUCUUGGAAGACUACUUUCCCCGCUUGUUGAAGUUGUUGUUCGACUACCGCAAUGUGGAGGUGGUUGUGCGCUCGCAGUUGGUCCAGUCCUUCAUCGUUUUGCAGUUGUUCAUCUACUACGACGCAGGCACCAACACCAAGACGAAGGAAUACAUGACCCGCUUGCUCGAAUUAGCCGAAGACUUGGUCGUCUACACCGGCUCGACCGAUAUCGGCGGUGCCGAGGAGGUGGAACACUCCACGUUCAUCACGGACGUAGAUAACAAGCAGUUACAGCAGCAGUUGCGCUCGCGUGAUGAGUCGCAGGCAAUCAUCGGGAUUCUCCAUGGGCUUGGAGUCUUGUUCACCAUCAUUGCGGAUGACAACGACUGUAACGCCAUCAUCGAGGAGUUUGUUCCGCGACUCCUUGUGUUCUUGGAGAACUCCUCUGGCUUGAACAUUGACGUCCAGAAGGCUGCCGGAAGGGUCAUUGCCUUGUUGUAUGAGAUCUUUGACUACGGCGACAGCUUCUCGCCGAACGAUGAGGACUAUUUUGCGUCGCAGAGCCGUACUGGCGAUGGGGAGUACGAAACCGAGGAUGAUGACGAUAACUUGCCAUUCUACGACUCUGAUUACAUUGUGCAGCUCUGCGCCGAGUUGGCGACCGCAUCGUCGAAAAAGAUCUCCCGCAAGGACAAGAAGGAGACCCAUUCGGUGUUUAGAGAUAUUUCCGUAACAUUGGAGACGCAGACAUCGAAGCGUAAUCGGUUUGCUUUGUUCAAGCAAGUGCUCAAGAAGCUGGAAAACGAGUUACCUGUAUUAGGCAAUAUCGCGCUCACCAAGAGCAAGUCGUUGCCGAUUCGCCACUGGUUCACGUAUGUGCGCUACAUCGUCACCAAGUGGUGUUUCGGUGCUGGCUUGCAGACACAGAUGGUUGGUAACAGCGAUCUUAAAAAGAUCUUGCGCGCCACACCACCACAGCACGGCAACGAGGGCAGCAGUAAGUGGGCCCAAGAAGACACUGAGGAGGGCCGUGAAGGCCGUUGGGGCGAUGAUAGCGCGAAGAGAGGUGAGGACAAGAAGAAGCGUGAGCAACAGUUGAACAAGGACCGUUUGGACCGGAUGCGGGAGAAGAUUGAUGUUUUGGAUAUCUAA